GCUUUUCAUACCAAAACAAGAGAGGACGGGACGGGACGGAGGAGGAAUUCGACCCUACAAUCCUAAAUCAUGGGAAGUGUCAAACAUUUCGUCCAGGAGACGUUUUCCGUCGUGCACGAUUUCAUACAGGAGGCUGAAAGUUUGGAUAUUUUGAAGAACAUCAUCAUUCAGUAUCAGAUUAAAGAGGACUGCCAUCACCUAAGCUCUUCCUCAUAUUAUCCAAUAGUAGAACAAUUCAUCAUAAAACUGAAGGAUAUUCUGGAAAGUAUACGACAGAAUAUUGAGCAGACAAAUUCUGCAAUACCACAAGGAUUAUUGGCAUCGGGAAGGCUUUCAGAUAAUGAAAGCUGCAUAGAAUCCCCUGAGAUCACAAGAGAUGGAGAGGAACAGCUUCACAGUGAAAAAACGUCGUCACUGACGAUAGAGACGUUAAUAGCCGAAACUGAUGCACAAGACAUCAUUUUACCAUCAGAUAUUGGGGCAGGUUCCAAGUCGACAGUUCUGACACCAUCCUUUGCAAAUACUUUCGUAACUGCACCUGAACAGCAGUCUCACAUCGAAGUGGUAGAAGAUUCUGCUACACUUUUGACAGCAUCUCUAGGUGUAGAGCAGUCGCUUUUUAAGAAGGGUCACGUUGAGCAGGAACAGAUUUUGAAGUGUGCCAAGUGUGGAGGAGACUUUUCAUUGGGUCAAGAAGUUAAUUACUACAGGCUGUCAAACCAUUCCAUACCUAGCACUUGUUCACAGUGCUGUAGCAUUGCAGAAACAGUAUCCAAGAGACAUCAACUUCAAGAAUUGCAAGGGUCAUCACGUACAACAAAAUCCGUCUCGGUCGAGGGCAAGAAUUCCGAAACCUCCGCAAAGAAACAUAUCUGCGACAAAUGCGGAAGAGUUUUUUCCAAGUGGAAGCAUCUCUCCAUCCAUUACACAAAGGUACAUCAUGAUGAAGAUGGGCCAGAAUCAUCAGUGACUGAUGUUGGGAGCAAUGAAUUGCUAAGUAAUAACACUCUCCCUCUGUACUGCUGUAAGACUUGUAACCUAGCCUGCCAGGACUCUACAGAGAUUCAAACACGCACCACUUGCCGUUUGCCAACUGACGAUGAAAACAAUGCAUCUACGCUAUCGAAUCGUAUCCUCAUCACAAAUGUUCUGAAGCUCCACAAGCUGCGGAAGUUCGUCUGUGAAAUAUGCGGCAUCGAGUACCGGACCUUCAAGAGAAUUACCUAUCAUCUUCCUCGAUGCUCACCGGGACCUUAUCCUUGCAAUGUCUGCACAAUGCUGUUUACCUCACGCAGGGAGCUCAACUAUCACAAAAAUAAGAUGCACAAGAACGAAAAGUGUUUCGUUUGUGAAGAAUGCGGCAAAUCAUUCCAGAGGAAAUCAUCUUUGCAAAAACAUGCCAUUAACUGGCAUGAGUCCAGCAGUGCCGUGGGUCCAUUCAAGUGUGAAUUGUGCCCCAAAAAAUUCAUCCGCAGGAUCUACCUGACCAAUCACAAGUUGCGAAUGCAUGGAUUAGACAAGAAGUUUUUGUGUCAGAUAUGUGGUAACAAAUUCAUGACGCAGAAUUCACUAAUGGCACAUAUGGAAGUUCAUAAUGAUAUUAAGAGAUUUGAGUGCACCUUCUGUAAAAAGAAAUUCAUGCGGAAAGAAAAGUUAAAAUUUCACGAGAGGAUACAUACAGGAGAGCGUCCGUUCCAGUGCCAGGUGUGUGUCCGAGGCUUUGUUAGCAAAACCAAGUUGGACGAACACAUGAGUCGUCACAGAGGAGAUAGACGGUACAGGUGUUCUUAUUGCUCUAAAACGUAUGCUGGGGCCUGGGAUCUUAAACUACAUGUGAAAAAGAUCCAUGACAAAUUGUGCGACAAAGUUGCUGUGACUGUGGUGACAAACAACCAUACAAGUACCUCUAAUACAAAUCUUACGCAGGUGACGCAGGUAUUAGAUCCCUUGGCAAUAGCAACAGCAGCAUCGGGCCUGAAGGAAGAGAAGGGAACUGCCGGAGUAAAUAGCCUCACCUUAGCAUCAGCGCAAGGUGCUGUAACAUCAACAACUUUGGAAGAGGUUGGGGGAGGCAUGGUCAGUACCCCUCAGUACAUAACUGUAAAUGGGCAGCAAACAGUAACAAUACCCGUAAUGGGCAGUAUGCAGGGCCACAUACCGUCUAUAGGACAUGUUGUGCAGGUAUCAGGCUCUACAGUACCAUUAACUGGUGUUGGUACAGCACUGAGCGGAGGAGCAUCUGUCCAGACAAUGCAGGCAGUGCAAGCUGUCCAAACUAUUCCUGGAGUCACAGGUGCAGAAUAUUCUGUGCAGCCAAUUCCCCAGGCAGUACACACCGCACAAGGGUAUAUAUUUACACAAGGUUUUGACAUGGUUAGUGGCACUGUGCAAUAUUAGGAAUCUGAUGGAAUCCCUUAUGCAAGUUUUCAUAUUCUACUCACUGCAAUUCAUGAUAGAUUUCAUGAAGAUGAUUUCUAUCAAUUACUUGAUAUUUAAUAAGAGUAUUUAUACUGAGACUUUGUACAUAGUAUAAAAAAAGUGUUAAAUACUUUUUCAAUAACCUUUUGAUUAUCUGUGAUGAUAUUGUUAAGACUGUACAAAAUUUUAUAUUUGUAUGAUUUUUCAAAUAAAUAGUUGCAACUUU